AUGGUGAAGGGCUCCUGCAAUCCAGGUUUCGAACGGGACGGCGGCGGCUGUAGCAAUGUCGCGGCGCGGUGCUGCACGGCACGGCUCGGUGCGCCCGGAGCCCGUCCCCCGACCCAGUCCCGCUCCGCUCGCUGCCUGCCCUGUUUCUACUGGGCUGCCGCGGUCGCGCUGCCGUAUAUAUACAGCCGGCAGCGGGGCCGGGGAUCGCCCUCUAGUGUCCAGCCUCCUGCUGGGGAACCUUUGACCGCCGCGCAGCCGGUCCCAGCGCCCCGGUCGGGCACAGCCGACCUCCGCCCGCCCCCGGAGCUCCGCACCGCGGGGAGCGCGACCCGCACUCCCCGGCCCCCCUUUCCCCUCCAGCCCCCCGAGCUCGGCGGGCGCUGGGCGCUGGGUGCCUCCCGCCAGGGAAACUCGGCGCUGAUCAGAGGCCCGGGGAACGGCGCGGAGACUUUGCGCCCGCGCUGCCGGGGCUGCCCGGCGGGGCAGAGCGGCCAAACGCGGCCGGAGCAUUUCCACCGCCCGCUGCCGCUUCUGCGCCGACAGCUUCGGCCCGGCGCUCCCCGGCCGCGCUUCGCAGGUAGUCUCAAAGGUCCCCAUCCGCGCAUACUUGUACAUAUUUGGCCAGUGGGGAAUGUUCACCCCAUCGGGUUUGGGACCCAAGGCGCUGCCUCGCCGGCGGUGGUUACCUGCCGGCAGAGCCCUGUAGCCGGCGGGCUCGGAGCACCGCCCGGGGCCGCCCGCGCCGCGUUCCAGCGCGGCCCGGCUCCACCGGCGGCACCCGCGGGGCUCCCCGGUUACGGCGGGACCCGCGGAGCCCGGCCCCGAGCGCCGCCAGGCCCUGCCCGGGAUGGCGCCCGGCGGACAGGGGCGGAGAGCGGAGGGUGCCCGGCUCCGCUGCUCGGGGACGAUCGGCCGGGCCGCCCUGCCGCCAGGCGCGGAGGAGCUGCCCCGCCUGCACGGAACAGCCCGAGUCGGGUCACCUGCGGGCCGCUUCAUGCCCCGCACGAAUCGAGCAGGAGAUGCCAAUCAGUACAGACACACACCACCAUCAACUUCGAUGCCCAUGGGGCACUGGCGAGCUUCACCAGACUCACAGGACAUUCCGGCUCGGAAGAGACCCCCCGGGCUCAUGGAGCCCAGCCCUUACGCGAUCGAAGCUCCGGCUGUGCCAGGAACGGCGAGGCCCAGGCACACCGAAGCUGCGCUGUCCCUCCCGCCGGGCCCGGAACGAGCUCCGCGCUCUGCCCUGCGGGGACUGGGCCGGGAAACGCGGUUCGGCUUCUCCCGCUAGGGCUGCGGGAGGUGCCGGACCCUCCUGGAAGUGCGGGCGGGCUCCCGGUUCCACCGGCGCGGGGACGCGCCCGCCUCGCUCCCCGCCACCCUCGGGCCGGGCGGGGCGGCCUCUGGACACGGUGCCCGUCGGAGAGGGGCAGACGGCUCCCGGGGGCCCGGGCACAGCCGGCACAGCGACGCCAGCGAGCGCGAUUUCCUUCAGCGCGGCUGCAGCAGCGCAGGGACACAAACCCUGAGAGCGGCCGUGGCAAGGCCGCUCCUCCGGCCGUGCCGGGGCCCGGGCCGUGCCCACCUCCGGCCGUGCCGGGGCCCCGGCCGUGCCCACCUCCGGCCGUGCCGGGGCUGCAGCCGAGCCCGCGGGCGCGCGCUCCCCCGCCUCAGCCAGGCCGGGCCGCGGCCCCGCCCCGCGCGGGCGCUGAUUGGCCGAGCGCGCUGCCAAUCCCGCGGCGGUUGCAUCACCCGGGGGCGGGGCGGCUCGCGCGGUGUCGCAAUCGGCGCCGGCCGCACGCGCACGGUACCGAGCGCGGCCCGCCCGGCCCCUCCCGCCGCUCGCGCCGCUCAGGUAAGCGCGGGGGGCGCGCGCCGGGCCCGGGGGCCGUGGCCGCCCCCGCCCGCCGGGCCCGCACGGCAGCGCGUGAUGCAAUCGGCGGGCGGCCCCGGCGCCCUCCCCUCCCCUCCCCCGGUGAAGUCACGGCUUGGCAGCGCCGGGCACCCCCGCGCCCCGCUCGGACGGGGGAGGAGCAGCGCGGCCUCGGCGGGCGGGCGGGCGGCCCGGGCAGGGCGGCGGCGGCGGCGCCAUGGGCCCGCCGGGGAGGGCCGGGCCGGGCCGGUCCCGGCCCCCGUGGUCGGUCCCGGCCCGGGGGUGAGGACAGCGAGGCGGUGCCGGGGCGGCUCCGGGGGCGUUCGGCGGCGGGGCCGGGCGGCCGCUGGCGGCGCGGCCUGAGGGGCAGAGGGGAGCGCGGCCCGGAGCGCCCGCGGUGCCGCCCGCCCCGCGGAGCCGCUCCGCAGAGGUUUCGGGUCCCUCACGACUUUGUCUAG